AUGGAGGAAAGGAGAGUGAACAUAAUCGCUGCUACAUCAGUGAUUACACUGAUUAUUCUCAUAAUUGUUGCUCGUGUCACGUUGAAGCUCUCAAAGGCCUUCUUCCUCUUUUUCGGUGCUGGUGUUGCUGUGAUUCUUGCAGUGUUCGUUUAUGUAUUUGUGAGCAUAAGUCACAACCGCAGAAGGAGGGUGUUGGAGUCAGAGAUGAAAUCUGAAGGCCAAGAACUUCGCAUAGAGUACAGUUUCUUGAGGAAAGUUGCAGGGGUUCCGGUUAAGUUCAGAUACAAGGAGCUUGAGGAAGCCACUGAUGGGUUUCAAUCACUGAUUGGAAAAGGUGCUUCUGCUUCGGUUUUCAAAGGCAUUCUCAACGAUGGAACUUCGGUUGCCGUGAAACGGAUCAAUGAUGCAGAGGAAAGAGGGGAGAAGGAGUUCAGAUCAGAGGUUGCAGCCAUAGCUAGUGUGCAUCAUGUGAACCUUGUGAGGCUAUAUGGCUAUUGUAAUGCUCCUUCAGCACCUAGGUACCUUGUUUAUGAAUAUGUCUCAAAUGGGUCCUUGGAUUGUUGGAUUUUUCCCAAAAGGGUAUCUCAAACGCGCCGUGGUGGGUGUUUGUCGUGGAAUUUGAGGUACCAAGUUGCUGUUGAUGUUGCCAAGGGACUUGCUUAUCUUCACCAUGAUUGCAGGUCAAGGAUCUUGCACCUUGAUGUGAAGCCAGAGAAUAUACUCUUGGAUGAGAAUUAUAGAGCUCUUGUUUCAGAUUUUGGCCUUGCAAAGCUUAUUGGAAAGGAUGAAAGCUACAAGGUUAUGUCUACUAUUAGAGGAACAAGAGGGUACUUGGCUCCUGAGUGGCUCUUAGAGCAAGGUGUUUCGGAUAAGACUGACAUAUAUAGUUAUGGGAUGGUUCUCCUGGAGAUUGUUGGAGGCAGGAAAAACGUGUGCUUGGUGGAAGAUGAAAGGGGCAAGUCCAAGAGAAAGUGGCAGUACUUUCCCAAGAUUGUGAAUGAGAGAGUGAGGGAGGGAAAGUUCAUGGAAAUUGUUGAUCGUAGGUUGUUGGAAUGUGGGGGUGUUGAUGAGAGUGAGGUUAGGAGAAUGGUUUAUGUAGCUUUGUGGUGUGUGCAAGAGAGGCCCAGAAUUAGGCCCAGCAUGACCCAAGUGGUUGAUAUGCUUGAAGGGCGUGUGAGAGUGGAGCUUCCACCUGAUACCAGAAUGGUUACUGUUGAUUUGCUAGGUGUGAAUGAUAGUGGAACUGAUAGUAAUAGCAUACCAAGGUUGGACUCUGUGUCGGGUCAAAGAACAGAAAGCAAUGCUGAGUGCACAUCUACCUACUCCUUUGCUACAACUGUUUUGUCUGGAAGAUAGAGAUAGCUGUAAUUAGCUACUCAGCCUUUGGAAUCAGGGUCAUGUAUCUAAGAUUGAGUAAUGUUUCUACUAAAUUUUCAUGGCAUUGUUUCAAGAAAUUGUUGUUUCUCUUUAUCUCUCAGUCACAUCA